UCAGGUGGCUUAGAGAUGCAGGUUACUAGUGGCUAAGUGACAGAGAAACACGACAAUCAGCUCAAUCAGCAACAUGGCAUCCUAACCGUCCACUCUCUCUACGAUCAUUUCUGCUUGGAAACAACCUGGUGUUAAUUUGCGUUUGUCUAAACAAAAGGUUUAUGACCCUGGUACCUGACCUCUGAGGUUGAUGUGAGCGCUGAGCCGAUUAAGUCCUUUUGUUAUGCUGUUACCACAGGCUAACAGAGCUCUCUUAGAGACGGCAGCAGAUCCAACGGAGCCGCGUUUUCUUUAUUUUUAUGAAAGUGGGACACUGCGCCUACGUGCGUUAUGUGUAUACACGUGGAAGAAGAGAAGAUAAAGGGUGUUGCGCCGAAAGAGCUGUCUUUGCUUCAGAAAGUGAUCGAGAAGCUUGAAAUGUCCGUCGUGUCAAACUGCCUCGAGUGCAUCAGAAUGGGAAGAGGCAAAAGGAUGGAGUCAUCGUGUCUGGACCUGGCUCUGGAAGGUGAGCGGCUCUGUAAGGCUGGUGACUACCGUGCCGGUGUGUCUUUCUUUGAGUCUGCCAUCCAGGUUGGAACAGAGGACCUCCAGAUCCUCAGUGCCAUCUACAGCCAGCUGGGCAAUGCCUACUUUCACCUGCAGGAGUAUAACAAGGCCUUGGAGUACCAUCGCCAUGAUCUCACACUUACUAGAACCAUUGGAGAUGAACUUGGUGAGGCCAAAGCCAGCGGUAACCUUGGGAACACAUUGAAGCUUUUAGGACGGUAUAAUGAAGCAGUUGUUUGUUGCCAACGACAUUUGGAUAUCACCAGAGCCAUGUAUGAUAAGGUUGGGCAAGCUCGAGCGCUGUAUAAUUUCGGGAACGUGUACCAUGCCAAGGGCAAGGGCAUCUGCUGGAGUGGAGCAGAGCCAGGAGAGUUUCCAGAGGAAGCCAGGACAGCCUUGAAGAAUGCUGCACAGUACUAUGAAGCAAACCUGAGCCUGGUGAAGGAGUUGGGCGAUCGGGCAGCUCAGGGUCGCACCUAUGGGAACCUCGGUAACACUUACUAUCUGCUGGGUGACUUUGAAACUGCAGUAGCAGCACAUGAAAAGCGGCUUCUCAUCGCUAAAGAGUUUGGGGAUAAGUCCGCUGAGAGGAGGGCACAUUGUAACCUUGGCAAUGCUCACAUAUUCCUCAGCCAGUUCGAAGUGGCGGCUGGUCAUUACAAGAGGACUCUGCAGCUGGCCAGGCUUUUGAAGGACAGGGCAGUGGAGGCCCAGGCCUGUUACAGUCUGGGCAACACCUACACACUACUGCAGGACUAUGAGAGAGCCAUUGAUUACCACCUCAAACAUCUGGUAAUUGCUCAGGACCUCAACGACAGAGUUGGUGAAGGAAGAGCAUACUGGAGUCUAGGAAAUGCCCACACUGCCCUGGGGAAUCAUGAGCAGGCCAUGUACUUUGCUGAAAAACAUCUGGAAAUUGCCAAAGAGACUGGAGACAAAAGCGGCGAGGUCACUGCCAGGAUGAACUUGUCGGACCUACGGCUGGUUGUAGGCCUGAAGUCCAACCCCAACACCCAUUCCAACAUCUUCCGCAACACCAACACUAAUAGCUCUGCUCUGCCAGUGAGUCAUCAGGGCUACCUCAACUUCCCAGGGGUGAAGACUCCAGCCAGGAGGAUGGGCAGUGCAGAGAACCAGGAACUGAGUCCAAGUCCAGACAAAAAUCCAGCUGACAAUUCACCGGCACAUCCGGACUGGGAGGAGGAUGUAUUCCCCAGGUCUUCAAAAAAUGACACAAUUAAGGCUUCCACUAAGCUCUUCCUCUUUCAUCGGCUCAGAAGCAAGAAGCAGAAGAACAACAAAUUAUCCCCUAAAGGCCAGCUCGAAAACAGCACAGAACACUCAGUACCUGAGCCGGACCCACCAGUGUCACUUUCACAUAAGCAGGGAUCACGGGACACAAUUGGAGAGGAUGGGUUUUUCGACCUCCUCUCUCGUUUCCAAGGCAACAGAAUGGACGACCAAAGGUGCUCUCUACUGGAUGGCCAGAGCCAUCACAGUGCCCAGUCCUCUCCCUCCUCCACCCCACCUGUAGCUGAAAGGAAAUCUAUUUUGGAGCACGAAACACCAUUGCAGGAUCCUGGUCAUUUCCUGGAGCUGCUGGCCAGCUCCCAGGGCCGUCGUCUGGACGACCAAAGAGUCAGCAUGAGCCAUUUUCCUGGCUUGAAACUCAGCAUCUCCAACCCGCCUCAUACACACUCCACCUCCAGCACAGAUCCAGUCCCAACACAAGCCCCCAUCUCCAGUACAGAAACACCUCACACACCCUCCCUGUACAGUCGCAUCGAGGCCAGCGCUGAGCAGCCUGAGGGGGAUGAUGUCUUCUUUGACAUGCUAGUUAAGUGCCAGGGCUCCAGGCUGAAUGACCAGAGAUGUGCUGCACCUCCCUCUGCAACAAGGGGACGUACUGUUCCAGAUGAAGAUUUUUUCAGUCUCAUCUUGCGUUCCCAGUCCAAUAGGAUGGAGGAACAGCGGGUCCUACCGCCAUCUGGUGUCACUCAAUCCAAACCAGACUGACUUAUUGGAGCUAUUUUAUCAUGUUUUCUCAGGAUACAAGAUGAAGUCACUAAACUUCCAUUAGAUUUUUUUUUUUUUAUUAUUAUUAUUUUUUUUUAAAUCAAGAUUUUUGUAACCCACUCUACCCUUGGCUUUGCCUUUCUGGAUUGUCCAACAACACUCCUGUGAGACUGACAAGAAUACAGGGGACGCUAUAAGGAUUCAAGGUCUCAGAUAAUACAAAACUGGUCAUUGCAACUGUAAAAUUGUGGGACAUUUUACGUUUUCAAGACCUAUGGACUUGUUUUUAGCUAGCUUGUAGAUCAUCUUGGUUACUUUUAUCAGACCUCAGUACCAGUGACAACUUUCUACUUUGGAAGAUUGCAUCAAGUCACUCAUACAAAUUGUUUUUGUUUAUUUUUGGUAGGACUUAGAGUACUGUAGUCCAGUGUCAUAGGCCAAAACCAAAGAGAUUUCUGCAUCAUGAACCUCUCAGAUCCCUGUGGUAUGACAUUCAGGUGAUUUAUCUCUGAGACCUUCUGCAGUCAAGCAAGCUGGAACAUAGCAUGUACUGUUCGGCCCAUUUGUGAUUCAGUUAAGUCACCAAGAGUGGUUUGAAUUAACCUCAGACCUCUCCGACACUUCAUCACAGAGGGUCAAUCGACAUAUCUCUUCUGGGAAAAUAAAUGGACAUAUUCACUGCUAACCCAAUUUUAAACCUCUAGGUGACUGGUGGGACAUUUAUAGUAUAUGCAUCCAGAUUUUACUUUUGAAGACUGUCAAUUUUACAAUGUUCACAGAAACCCUACAGUAUGUACCAUAUGCAUUAUUGCCAUGAACUAAUGAAUGGGAUUUUUCUUUUUUGCACAAGACUUUACAAGGGACCUACUAGUGAGAGAAAAAGAAAUGUUGUACUAGCUUUUAUAUUGAUAACUUCUCCUGACACUGGAGAAAUAAAAUCUCAUUUAUGUUCCAAUUUA